AUGGAACAAUCAUUACCUCUUCUCAGCCAGACGGCUGAAGACGACACACAAUACCUAGACAUCGAGCUAGAGAAAGCAUCACAACGCCAGGAAUCAACUUCGAGCAAAGUUAUUCGUUAUCUCCUAUUCGCUGUAUCCCUCCUCCAUAGCGCACUUCCACGAUUUCUACAAAUUGGUGGUUUAAACCCGAGAAAGGACAGACAACAUUCGACCGCAUGGUUAGAUGCAUUGCGAGGCUAUGCGGCUUGUGUGGUCGUGAAGUUUCAUGUACACGAGGGGUUUUCACACAGAGAGUUCUUCCAUUUCCCGAUCAUCCAUGCCUUUGAGGCCGGGCGUGGUAGUGUGGUCAUUUUCUUCGUCAUCUCAGGCUACGUACUCAGCGUUCGGAUGCUCAAGAUGAUUAGAGCCCGCAACUCAGCCCAGCUACUCGGCUCCCUUGCCUCUGCGACUUUCAGACGGUGGCUCCGACUCUACGCUCCAACGGCCUUCGCCACUUUGCUGCUUGCUCUCGCAAUGCAAAUGGGAUGGUCUUCGCACGAGGAGCUGCGUCAACCGACACUCUAUCAGCAAUUGUCGCACUGGGUGAUGGACACCAUCUAUGCAUCAGAUCCAUUCCACAAUAUCAUGGGUUGGUGGGUUGAUCCGGUGUACAGAACGGAAUACCUCUUUCAGAUGUGGACCAUACCUAUCGAGUUUCGAGGAAGCAUGGCACUGUUUUUGUUCGUGCUGGCCUGUUGCAAGCUCAGUACAAGGGGGAGAAUGAUCGCAUGCUGGAUGCUCAUCAUCGCUUGCUAUCGAUGGCAGGUGGUUUAUGUGGCAUGUUUCCUUGCGGGGCUGUUCAUCGCCGAUAUCUCGCUGAGCUAUCCCCCGGACCAGCUUCAAAAAUUGCUUCAACUUCCCCAAAAUCAACUCGAUGCGGAUGUGACCCCUCCAGGUCGUCGAUGGCAAUGGCGCACAAUUGCCCAUCAGUCCGGAUUCAUCCUCAUGUUCAUCAUGGGUUUGUUUCUCCUGAGUAUACCGGAAGACACCGGCAUCAACGGACCUUUUCCCUUUCAGUACAUCAGUAGAUUGACACCAUCGUACUACGUCAAGUUGGCGGACGAAUACUUCUGGCUGAGCAUCGGUGCCAUCCUCCUGGUCCUGGCGCUCGAGUACUCUCCGAUCCUCCAAGCUCCGCUCAAAUGGAGCUUCUCGCUCUAUCUCGGCGAGAUCUCCUUCGGUAUCUACGCGACACACGUUCUGAUGAAAUACACAAUCUAUGAGAAUUGGCUUAGGCCGUGGCAACAGAAUCAUCUGGGCGAUUCGAUCUGGGCCGACUGCUUGGUAGGCACCAUAAUCUUUCUGUUCAUCUUCGCGAGCGGCGACUAUUUCACACGCGUCGAUACCCGGAUUGUUGCUUUCGGUAGAUGGCUUCAGUCGAAGACUUUUGAAGAAUGGGAGUAG